AUGUCCCUCGCAAAGACCAAGCUCUCGCUCGCCGAGAAGCUAGACUUUCUCCCCGCAUUGGCGACUAUCUUCGUCGCGGCAACGUAUUCGCUUCUCACGGGUCUCUGGCGUACCGAGCGUCAAGCCAAGUCGUUGCUGCUGCACUUUGGCUAUGCCAUUUUCCGCCAGGCGACUGCGCGUCUGUCGCCGGCGCAGAUGCAGGCUAUCCUCCCUCCCAGCAACAAGAUCUAUGAGCGAUACGUGAAGAAGGUCGGCGUGCAGCCUCAGUCCGUGGACUUGGGACACGGCGCGCUGGGCCACUGGGUUGGUGAUCGCGAUGCGACAAACGUGCUCAUCUGGUUCCACGGCGGCGGCUUCGGUCUCCCCGCAAACAUGGGCUACUUCAAAUUCUACGCCCAAGUCAUCGCCGACCUCCAACGCGCCGGCAAAUCCGUCGCCGUCUUCAGUCUCACCUACACCCUCGCCCCGGAAGCAACCUACCCAACCCAACUGCGCCAAGCCGUCUCUGCAGUCCGCUACAUUCUCUCCAAUUCCAACCGCGACCCAUCCACGAUCUUCUUAGGCGGCGACUCCGCCGGCGGAAACCUAGUCUGCGGCGUGCUCUCCCACGCAGCACACCCACACCCGGAAAUCGAGCCUCUCGCCCUGGGUAACCACAAAUUCGGCGGCGCGGCGAUGAUCGCGCCCUGGACGUUGCUGGAUACCGAGUUCCCCGGACAAGAUAUUUAUCACGGUGGUGAUUUGAUUACCACGGCCGUGGCGGCGCCGUGGAGCACGGCGUAUUUGGGCGGUGCGACGAGGGAUUAUUAUACGGAUCUGUCGCAUGCGCCGACGGAGUGGUUUAAAACGUUCCCCGUGAAUAGGGUGUUGAUUACGGGCGGUGGGAACGAGAUUUUGUUGCCGAUUAUUCGUGAUUUUGCGGAGAAGAUUCAGGCGGGAUUCCCGGACGUUGAACUCUUUGUUGGAUAUCGUGAGUGUCAUGUUGCUCCUAUUUAUAAUUUGGAGUUGGGGAGUACCGAGGAGACGGAGCAGGGGAAGAAGGUUAAGUCUUGGUUGAGGGAGUUGGCGAAGUGA